AUGCAGUUUUAUGGUUACGACGGCUUAUGCAAAGUAUUUGAUGAGAACGCUAACGGCUACGUUAGAAGCGAGGCUUGUGCGUGCCUUUUUCUCCAAAAAGCUAAAAACACGAAUCGCAUUUACGCAAAAGUUAUUAAUGUGAAAGGAAACAACGAUGGUUUUAAAGACGAAGGAAUAACAUAUCCUUCUUCGGAAAUGCAAGAAAAGCUUAUAGCUGAAAUAUAUCGUGAAAGUAAUAUUAGUCCUUCAAGUCUAAGCUACAUCGAAGCACAUUGCACUGGGACUCGAGUUGGUGAUCCUGAAGAAGUGAGGGCUAUAGAUGAGGCUCUGGCGAAAAAUAGAGAACAACAGCUUCUCAUAGGUUCAGUAAAAUCGAACACCGGUCAUACAGAACCUCCGUCAGCUCUAUGUUCAAUUAUAAAAGUAGUGAUCGCUCUGGAAACCGGAUUUAUACCACCUAAUAUUAAUCUUGAAACAAUUAGAAGAGGACUAGAAGGGAUUGAACAAAACAGAAUGAAAGUCGUUACAGACACUACUGAGCUUUUAGAAGAUGAUGCCAUUGUAGGUGUUAACAACUUUGGUUUCGGUGGUAGCAACAUUCAUGUUAUAUUGCAACGGUUUAACAAACUUAAAAUCGAUGGUGGACUGCCGAAGGAUGAUGUUCCAAGAUUAAUUUGUGUCAGCGGACGCACUAAAGAAGCAGUUUUGAAAAUUUUAAACUACGUUAGCAGCAAAAGUUUAGAUGCAGAAUAUGUGGGUCUCCUCAACCAAUUAUAUAAAAAGAAUAUUUCAAAUCACUCAUAUCGAGGCUACGCAAUAGUUUCCAAACGUGGUGUCCUCUCGAUAUCUUCGAAACGUUUGCCUAUUAAACAACCACGUUUGCAUAUAUUUUUUGGACAAUUUGUCAAAAAUUUUAAAUUACUUGGUUCUUAUUUGUUGCAGUUUUUGGCUUUCAGAAACGUGAUAUCAAGAGUUAAUAAAAUUUUGGUUGUUAAUAAGAUAAAAACACUUGAAGAAAUUUUCAAAUCGAAAAUAAAUACAAAUGAAGAUAUUUUAGGAUCAAUAUGUUUGCAAUUAAUCAUGGUAGAUAUUUUUAAAGUGUUGGGACUGUUUCCUAGAAGUGUUUCGGGUGCUACCUUUGGCAAGAUCGUCUACGCUUAUUCCAAUGAUAUUAUGCAAAUGGAAGAGGCCGUCAUGGGAGCGAUAAAACUUAGUAAACCAAAAUUUGAUUCCGACACGAAUAAGUCAGAAAAUUUUGUUGAUUCUAAAACGGAACAGUUAGUAAAUCAUGGUGAUAUCAGUUACGAAACUUCUCACAAUAUCCCUAAAGGCACAAUAAUAAUAAACAUUUCUGAUUUUCCGAUUACAAAUAAAGAUAAUUUACUGUUUGAAAACGGUACCGUGAAUUUUUUGAAUGUAGUAGGAAGAUUAUAUAUGGAAGGUUAUCUUCCUCAAGUUCACAAGAUUUUCCCUAAAAUAGAAUUUCCCGUAAGUAGAAGCACCUCCAUAAUUUCGCCUUCUAUUCAGUGGAAUCACAGUACAUCAUGGGACACAUUUAAAUUUGAAGAAUUUGCACCAAAGGGUGCUGAACAAAUGGAUUAUGAUAUUUCAUAUUUUUACGAAGAAUGUCAGUUUUUAAAUGGCCACGUCAUCGACGGACGCAAUAUUUUCCCUGCCACCGAAUAUGUAAAAUUGGUUUGGGAAACAUUUUCCAACUCUAAAACACUAACAACAAAUAUUACGCCUGUAAAAUUCGAAAACUGUAAGUUUCUGAGAGCCCUUACAAUGCCGAACACUGGUUACCUAUUACUUCAUGUAAUGCUACAAAAAGGUACAGGCAAUUUUGAAAUUCUCCAUAAUGACUCUUUAUUAGCAAGUGGGCGUAUUACCAGUUGUUCGCAUUCAGAUAAACAAGAAGUUAAUCUUUCGUCUAGCGGUGUUCGGGAAGAUGAUAAGCUGAAGAUAUUGACACAAGAAGAAAUUUACCGGGAAUUUCACUUAAGGGGUUAUAAUUACAGUGGAUUGUUCAAAGCUAUUAAGGCAUUUAAUGUGGAUGCGUCUCUGGGUUUAAUCAAGUGGGAUGAUAAUUGGAGUACUUUUAUGGAUAAUAUGCUUCAGCUGCAACUCCUUCAAACAGAUACAAGAUUACUUUACGUUCCCACUGGAAUUAAGAAAAUAAUUAUUGAUCCUAUCAAACAUAAACACGUCGUUGAAAGCCAAAAUGAACAAGAGUGUUUUCUGCCCGCAUAUGUUAGCAAGAACUCUAACAUGAUAAUGUCUGGUGGAAUUGAAAUACACGGAAUUCGUGUUAAAUCCGCCUUUAGAAAGAAAGGAAGAUUGGAACCAGUUUUAGAAAAACACGUUUUCGUUCCUAAUAAUACGACUUUAGAGUUAGAAGAAGUUGUCAGGGUCAAUACACAGAUUAUCUUGGAAAAUACUUUGGAAUAUCACUUUAAAGCUGUGGAAAUUAUUAACGAAUUUACUGAUAUAAAUUCUGAACACAUAUUGUGUUUCGUUAACAAAGCCUUAGCAGAUAUUCCAGUAGUUGCCCCUGAUCUUACCGUUUCGUCUAAAGCAGCUAUAAAUGACACACCUGGCAUAAAAUACGAAACAAUUACUUUAACGCCAGAAAGUAAUAUACUUUUGUAUAUCGGCAGUAAAAUUUUACAACAAUCAAUAACUUUAAAACAAUUUUUCGUGCCUCUUAGCGAAAACGGUUUUGUCUUAACGCUCGAGGAAAUCAGUUUUAGGCCAGAAAAAUGUAUUGAUGGAGUAGAAAUUCUCACAGACUAUUCAACACCAAACGAAAGAAUUAUUUUAUUUCGGAAAAAAGUGACAACUGUUAAGCCCAAAUGCAUUGAAGUGUCUUCGACUAAUUUCGAGUGGCUACCGGAAUUACAAAAUUCUUUAAGUCAGAGGAAUAAUGUAAUCACUUAUGCAACGAACCAACAACCUGAAGGAAUCUUGGGUUUGAUCAACUGCAUCAGACGCGAAAAAGACGGAAACUUAGUUAAGUGUUUCUUUAUGAUGGACGAUGCUCCAGGAUUCGACUUCCAGCACUGGUUUUAUGCCGAACAAAUUAGUAAAAAUUUGGCUACAAAUAUAUUUAAGAAUGGGUCUUGGGGAACAUACAGACAUCUCCGUUUGGAAGAAAUUCCCAAGAUCAAUAGUGAACACUCCUACGCGUAUUUCAAACAUAGAGGUAAUAUGUCGAGUUUUGAGUGGUUAGAAGGACCCUUAAACAGAGAAGUACCACUUCCAGAAGGGCAAAUCUUGGGUUUAACUUAUUAUUCGCCAGUUAACUUUAAAGAUAUAAUGGCUGCAUCUGGUCGUGUAAACCCAGAAAUAUUACAACCACAUCGACUGGCUCAAGAAGUGCUAACAGGGUUUGAGUUUUCAGGAAAAGAUUUAAGAGGUCGUCGGAUAGCUGGGAUAACAAACUCUCAAGGAAUUUCUUCCGACGUUAGUGUUGAUUCUUCCACAAUUUGGCAAGUACCCAACGCAUGGACACUCGAAGAUGCAGCCACAGUUUCUGCUGUGUACAUUACCGUUCUUUAUGCUCUUUUACUGGUUGGGAAUAUGCGACCGGGUUGUUCAAUUCUUAUUCACUGUGCGACUGGUGGUAUCGGAUUGGCCGCCUUGAACGUAUGCCUUCACUAUAAAUGCGACAUUUACGCAACCGUUGGUAGUGAAAAGAAAAGGGCCUAUUUAAAUAAGCAUUACCCUCAAAUUCCGAACAACCACAUUGGAAACUCACGGGAUACGUCAUUUGAACAAAUGAUCAAAAGGGAAACUGAGAGUAGAGGAGUUGAUUUUGUUCUGAACUCUUUAAGUGAAGAUAAGUUACAAGCAUCAAUUAAAUGUUUAGCUCGCAAAGGUCAACUUAUGGAACUCGGCAAAUAUGAUUUGGCUAAUGAUAGUUAUUUAAAUCUUUUACUCAUGGAAAAGGAAGCAAUUUAUCAUGGAAUAGUGUUAGAUGCAUUUUUCAGAAAUUCAGUUAUAGAAACGAAAUCUAAAUUGACAGAAUGUUUGUUGGAAGGAAUUAAAGCUGGUUUUGUAAAACCGCUGCCUAGAGUUUGUUUCAAUGCAAAUCAGGUAGAGGAAUCGUACAAGUAUAUGAUGUCAGGGCAACAUAUUGGUAGAAUUUUGGUUAAACUUAGAAAUGAAGAAGAUAUUGACAAUGACGAUACCGGGAUUGAAAAAUUUCAAAUCAGUUCUAAGCCACGGUUUAAUUGUGACGUGCGUUACACAUACAUUAUUGUUGGUGGACUAGGCGGAAUAGGUUUAGAACUUGCUGAUUGGUUGGUUCUAAGGGGUGCCAGGAAGCUAGUGUUAACGUCCAGAUCGGGACUACAAAGUGGUUACCACCAACAAAGAAUAAAUAUCUGGAAAUCAUACGGUGUCCAAGUUAAAGUCUGUACUAAUGACGUGACAACUGAACAAAAGUGUGAAGAUCUAGUUAAAGAGGCGAAUGAACUGGGAGAAAUCGAUGCCAUUUUUAAUUUGGCUGUUGUUCUUCAAGACGCACUAUUCCAAGAUCAGACUAAAGAAAAUUUCCUUGCUUCGUUCACACCAAAAGCUCACGCCACGGUAUUUUUGGAUAAAGUUAGCAGGAAAUUAUGUCCAAAUUUAAGAUAUUUUGUUGUGUUUUCGUCAGUCUCUUGUGGCCUCGGUAAUGCGGGUCAGAGCAACUAUGGUAUGGCUAACUCUGUCAUGGAAAGAAUAUGCGAGAAUCGAAAACGAGAAGGAUUGCCUGCUGUAGCUAUUCAGUGGGGGGCAGUCGGUGAUGUUGGUUUAGUAGCGAAAAUGCAGAAGGAGCAUAAAGAGUUAGUGAUUGGUGGAACUCUGCAGCAAAAAAUUUCAAGCUGUUUUGAAGUGUUAGAUGUGCUAUUAAAACAUAAUUAUCCAGUUGUUUCUAGUAUGGUGGUGGCCGAAAAACACCACAAAGGUGAUAUUCUCAGUGCGGUUGACGCGAUUGCUCACAUUAUAGGAAUAAAAGACAUAAAAACUGUAAGUCCGUAUGCGACCUUUGCAGAACUUGGUAUGGAUUCGAUGAUGGGCACGGAAAUUAUCCAACUUCUGGAAAACGAUUUUGAAAUAUACGUAACUCCUAAGGAUAUUCGGAGUUUAACGUUUGCAAAAUUGGCUGAAAUAGAAGCAGAAAAGUUGACCAAAAAUGAAAUUUUUAAAAAAAUACAACAAGGCAUAAAUUUGCUCAUUCAUUUCAUUUCUGAUAUCGAAUCUAGUGAUUUGCCUGUGGUUCAAUUAACAAGCCAAGUACAAUCCUCUGAAGAGGCUCCAACAGUGUUUGUGUUACCAGGGGUCGAGGGGGCCUUCAAACCGCUAGAAGUUUCAACCAGUUCGUUGAAGGCGCAUGUUGUUGGAAUACGAUACAACAACAAACAUCCUGAAAAUAGCGUUGAACAAAUUGCAAAAAAUAUUAUUUCGCAUAUUGAAUGUCGUUUAGCCAAAAAUAUUUCAUUUUUUGUGAUUGGUUAUUCAUUCGGUACUACAGUUGCAUUAGAACUUGUUAGCUUAUUGGAAAACCGAGGAAUCUUCGGCACAGUUAUUCUGAUAGAUGGAUCCCCGACAUACUUAAGCUCUGGUUUAAGGAAAAAUAUAGGGGGCGAAGAGACUGAACUUCAAAUGGCAAUUUUGUAUAAAGUUUUUAGUAUUGUAAUUCCUUAUGACGUACUUUCGGAGCAUCAGGGAGCAUUGUUAAAGGCGAAAGAUUUAGAACAACGUAUUGAUGUCGCUCUAGAUCUUAUACCUCAAGAAACCACUAACAAACAGAAACUAGACAAACAAGACAAACAAAUACCUGUUGCUCUAUAUAAACGUUUGAAAGCAAUUAUGAAUUAUACAUUUGGAGAAACGAAAAUCAAAUCUUUAGUACCCUUAUUCAAGGCAAAGUAUUCGAUGGUUGACGACGAUGAUGACUACCAGUUAUCAAAAGUGAGUGAGAAUUUAGCACAAGUGGUUACAAUAAAUGGUGACCAUGUAACGAUUUUAAAUAAUCCAGACCUUGUUAAGAGUAUCAAUAACAUUGUAACAUUGUAG